AUGGACGGCAUGGAUAUGGGGUCGAGUAUGUUCUCCGGGGUGAACAUGGACCUGGCGCGCCGGUACUGGUAUACCGUCGCCGGAUUCGUGGGAGCGCUUGUGAUCAUUCGGGGAGUCAACUUCUUCAAGGCGCAACAACGGCUACGGACAAAGGCCGCUCGCUCAGUCGAGUACCCAACAAAACCUAGCAACUGGUUCCUGGAACUAUGGGCCACCCUCACCGCCGUUGCCCGAGAGGUCAGCUCGUCGCAGCUGCACAUUCCGUUCCGCGGCUUCUCGUGGCUUUCACCGCCGCCACUCGGCCGGGUUAUUGCCCUGCUGGUCUACUGGAUCGUCAUCAUCUACAUGAUGGCCAAGGAUGUCGUUGUCAAUGACGUUUUCUAUUGGGAGCGCAUCGGCUACCGCAACGCCUGGGUCACCGUCAGCCAAGUGCCAUUGCUUUACUUGCUGGCCUCCAAGUGCAGCAUCAUUGGCUUCCUGGUCGGUACGAGCCACGAGCGGCUCAACUGGCUCCAUCGAUGGGUCGGCCGCACUAUGUUCAUCAGCGCCACUGUGCAUGGCUGGCACUUUUACACCGACUGGGCACGCACCGACUAUGUCGAGUACGAGCUGAAGAUGAUGCCAACCGUCAAGUACGGCUUCGGCGCCUGGGCGGUCUUGCUGUGGACACUCCUCUCCGGGCUCGCCCCGCUCCGGCGCAUGGCUUAUGAGAUCUUUGUACUGCAACAUCUCCUCAGCGCCAUCUUCUUCCUGUGGCUUAUUUCGGUCCACGUCCCGGCGACCGCUCGGUACAACGUCUGGUUCGCCGUCGCGGCGUUCAGCUUCGACCGCGCCUGCCGCCUUGCCUUGCUCCUGUGGCAAAAUAUCAAGGUGUUCCCCGACAAGAGCAAGUGCCGUGGCGGGCAGCGCAUCGGACACCAGGCGCAGCUCAAAGCCGUCGGUGAUUCCAUCACCGUCAUCACGAUUAAGGACGUCCACUUCAAGUGGCGACCGGGACAGCAUCUCUACCUCUGGGUGCCUCGUGUUGGCCUGGCCGAGGCGCACCCGUACACCAUCGCAUGUGCGCACCAGCUCGCCGGCACAUGCAUUUGUAACAGCAUCCAGCUUGUGGUCCGAAAGCACAACGGCUUCUCGCGUCGCCUACAUGAGUUUGCAUCGCGGACCGAUAAGAGCGAACAUCGAACCGUGUUUGUAUCGGGGCCGUACGGAGCGCCGCCGCGAUGGGAUAUUUAUGAGACGAUCGUGCUGAUCUCUGCAUCGACCGGCGCCUCGUUUACACUACCGAUUUUGGAGGGGUUGUUGCAGGAAAAGAGCACCAACUGUGUGAAAAGGGUGGAUUUCUUGUUGGCAGCACGGCAAGGGGAUGAAAUUGGGUUUUAUGUUUCGCGUCUGCACGAACUAAUUGAGCGUGCGAGCGAGGCUGGGAUUGAGCUGAACGUGCACGUUGCUGUGACGCAGGGGCUGUCACCGCAUUCGUCCCGGGAUGGAGAUAGUGGCGGAAACGGAAAUGUCGAAACCGCGUCGGCCUCUUCGUCGGGAAUUAGCCAGGUGGAUGAGAAGGGACAGCAGCCAUCGGGACCACAGCAACAAACAUCCCCACAACCACGGCUUAGCCCCCUUCAGAAACGAACAACGACCACCAGCCACACCAGCACCGACUCGCACGUCUUCCACUCGUCAGUCCGUCCCGACAUCGAGGCAUUCAUUCGCGGGCCCGUUGAGGCGACGGGUGGGGAGACUAGCGUGGUGGUUUGCGGAGGCCCUUCGCUGGUUGCGCGGGUGCGGAAUUCCGUGACCGGUUUGUCGAACGAAAGGGCGGUGCAUAAGGGAACGGGGGCACAAGGGAUACAUUUAUUUGCGGAGGAGUAUAGUUUUUAG